AUGCCUCCACGACCGUUUCCCUAUCCCCUCAAAGUGGGCAUUGACGUUUGCUACAUUGCUCGGAUAAGAGACAUCUUAACGAAGAAUGUGGGCAAGGAGGUAAAUGAGAGUAAACCUCUCUCACAAUUUCUCUCCAAGGUUAUGACGUGGCCGGAGCGCCAGUUUUUCUGGGACCGAUUCAAGGACAAUGAGUCUGCCUAUAAGGAUAUCAAUAAAGUCGCUCAAUAUCUUGCUGGUCGUUGGGCUGCGAAAGAAGCCUGCCGAAAAGCAUGCAGCCACAUGGGACUGUCGAACGGACAUCACAAGAUCAUGAUCCUCCCUGAAUCUGGAGAUAGGUAUGAACACGGAGCCUCUUUCGCACCAAAGGGUCUCAUACUUCACGAACUUAUCACGUCAUACCACCCCAGCAAGGACUUGGAUCCAGAGAAGAGGGAAGGCGUUUGGUACAAAACGACGAGACGGCACCACUUUGACGCCAAUGAGGUCGAUGGACAAUUCUGUGAAGUUAGUAUUAGUCACGAUGAGCGCUUUGCGACUGCCGUAGCAAUGGUGCCAAUUAUCAGACUAGAGUGGGAGGAAAAGAUGGGCUCGGGUUGGGGACAAUUGGACAAUGGGGGAGGUAAUUUGAACAGAGCCGGCGGCGAUAUAGAAUUACGGUCAUCUCUACAUAGUGAUGAACCGUCGUUUGCCCCUCUUAGUUCUAAGGAUCUCUAUAGCAAGGACACACUACUGAAACGAAUCGCACGAUUGGAACGUGGAGUUAGUGACCUGAUCUCGCGCGACGAGAAGAAGCCUUCUAUUAGAAAAGUCAAGAGUCGAUCUAUCAGAAAGGUUAACAGUCCAGGUAGUUCAAAGGCCUCGUAAAGCAAGAAUUCCUCUACAUCGCCUACACAAGAACUAUCUUCUCUAAGCAAUGGCAAACUAGAUGACUUGCUGUCUCCGAGAGACUGAAAGCAAGAAACCGAUUCUGAUAAGGUUGGCGGUUAAGAGAGGGCUCGCAAAGCCCUGGAUAUUAACUCAAAGCCACCUAAUACCACUGCCGGACCGCCAACAUCGAAUACGAAAACCACUCCUUGGCAUUAUCGUUACUUUGCUGUUUAAGGGAACACGUGAGUGCCACGAAGUCUUCGUAUUCGCCCACCCAUCGAAUAAAAUACGAUACACGACGCCAUACACCAGGACAGCCUCACUUGGCGCUUUUUCUCCCGCGCUUGGUUCCCUCUCAUUGGCAAGAAGCCAGACUUUCAGCCUUGUCAACAGGCUUAUAUGCAACAUUGUUGCCGGUCACCAGAAGAU